UUUAAUAAUAAUAAUAUUAAAUAAAUCAAAAACAGUUGCAGGAAGAAGUCUGUUUAAUUAUGGUUUUCUGCAUAAAUUAAUCCUAAAAUUUCAUCUGAUGCUUAAACAAAUACCAUGCAAACAUUUAUUAAAAUAAUGUUUGUGAAUAUUCAAACUCAAGUAAUUUGUAAUUUUAACAGUAAUUUGUUAUGAUGGUUUAGGACGUAGAAGGCCAAACCUAGUUUUAUGUUAGCUACACUUUUGAUGCAUUAAACCCCAGAUACUUAUCACCAAACUGACCCUUAUCUUGGAUAAACAUGUUUCCAGCUUUAUAACAGAUAACCUCCAUCCUGUCAAGUGAAUCAAAAACUCCAGAAAAGACUUUCCCAGUCUAUAGGCUCUGGGAUAUUUCAAACUAUUCAAUAAUGUGAGCAUUUUUAAAAGAUUUGCAACUCUGCAAUUGCAGGUGUCUUUUAUGUUUCCGAAGUAUAACUGUGCUCUUGGAGACUCGUAAGUACUAUGAUUCAUUAUUGUGUCACGGAAUAAUUAUGUUUUUUUUUUUUUUUUAUAAGUCAUUACUGGACACAAAGCGUUGUGACAUCGUUCUGAUGCUGCUAGAAUGUCGUUAACGCACAUCACCUGUUAAAAGCGACACAAUUUUGUACGUGCCACACCUGUAAGAGGAUGUUUUAAUGCGCCGCGGCCCAUGCUGCAUUAGGCAGGAUCGAAUUUAAGUGAGUGUGUGUGUAUUUGUUUGCAGAGGAAGUCCGCUUUGUGGCAGAUGAGACAGUUCCACCUGAGCGCAGUCAAUAAAGAAGACACUAUGAUAUUUGUUGAGCUUUUAACAGGCUUUUAAACCCUUGUUGUCUGCUGUUAAAUGAUUUCUGAAGAUCCGCCGAUACGGAAGAAAACAUACUUUGAAGUUUCCUCCAGCUUUCUAAGUCGCAAAUAUAAGAUAUUUUGUUAUUUUGUAAUAUUUUUUUCCAAAUCACUGCCACAGUUUAAUUGUGCCACAAAUUUAAAGAUCUAUUUCCGAGAAUUGUUGUAAACAGGCUAAAAAUGACCCACAGCCUUUUACUGUUUCCUGCUGUUUUCUGUGACAUCACAUCUUGUCGGCCCCUUUAUUGCAGGAGCCUUUCUCUGACGUCAGUGGCAUCAGAACGUUUAACCCUGAUUGGUCAAAACUGAAGUCAUCCUGGUACUGAUACACGUUAAUAGCAAAAUUGGCAUCGUAAUUACAGUAAGCGCCUGUCUUGAACACAUGGACGUGGCCUUUCACUUCUAUACAGUAAAAAUCUUUUGUGAAAUCUGUCGUGUUUUACAGCCCUUGACAGUGGAAAAGAGUACAUUGCCCUUAGUAAUCUUGUUAUCUUAUAUGUUAUAUUAUCUUGAAUUCUUUUGUUAUAAAAAAAUGAAUGUGGUUUCAUCAUUAACAGUCAAUUUGAUUUCAACCCUUGAUAUUUAAUUCAUUAAAUUAUUUUAGUUGCAUUCAUUUUGAUGGAUGAUAAAAUGCAGCAGGUUUUCCAUCGCAAUCUCAUGAGAAAACAGUCACUCUUAAAUCAAAAUUACUGAAUUAUUUUUAAGGACUACUGCAGUUUAUUAUAAAUGAUUUAUCAGUGCACAUCAUUUUUAAAUUCAUGUGCCCUCGUAAUCUUUAAAGGGGUCCUAUUAUGCCCCUUUUCACGAGAUGUAAUAUGUGGUGUCCCAAGAAUGUGUCUGUGAACUUUCAGCUCAAAAUACCCCACAGAUCAUUUAUUAUAGCUUGUCAAAUUUGCCCCUAUUUGGGUGUGAGCAAAAACAUGCUGUUUUUGUGUUUGUCCCUUUAAAUGCAAAUGAGCUGCUGCUCCCAGUCGCUUUCCAGAAGAGGGCGGAGCUUUAACAGCUCGCGCUUCGGUUGCUCAACAACAACAAAGCUGGAGAAUCUCAUGCAGUCGGACACUGACGGAGAGACUCAGGAAGAAGUUACAACUUUUAGAAUGCAUCUGGAUGUUUCUGAACGAACAUUGGAAAAUGGCUUCUGGCAGCAUUUGGGGUCGUGGUGAUCGUUGUCUUAAUAGCUGUUCCAACAGCCAUUUACCUCAACGAGGAUAAAUCUGAACCCCAGAGGACAUUUACUCUAGAAGAUUACUUCAACGGCACUGCAAGAACCAAGUCAUACAACUUGCGCUGGAUCUCAGAUGAUGAAUAUCUUCACAAGACAGGAGAGGGCUCAGUGCUUCUGAUCAACGCAACCUCAGGAACAGAAAGUGAAUUCGUGAACCAACAGAUUUUUGCCCGUGCGGCAGCUUACGAUUACAUGGUGUCAGCCGAUCGAAAAUACAUCUGUUUCCUGAGCAACUACACUAAGCUAUGGAGACACUCAUACACUGCAUCAUAUUCCAUCUACGACCUGGAAAAAGGGGAUUUUAUAAAUACAGAUAUCCCACAUGAAAUCCAGUACCUAGCGUGGUCUCCGACCGGCCACAAACUGGCAUUUGUGUGGAAGAACAAUGUCUAUGUGAAGGAAACUCCCAACUCCGCAUUCCAGCAGGUCACCAGUGAUGGAGCCCACAACCUGAUCCUCAAUGGCAUUCCUGACUGGGUGUACGAGGAGGAGAUGUUCUCCACCAAUUUUGCUUUGUGGUGGUCACCAAAUGGGAAGUUUGUGGCAUACGCCCAAUUUAAUGACUCUGAAGUCCACAAUAUCGAGUACACGUGGUAUGGAGAAGGCCAGUAUCCUGAUACAGUCUUCAUACCAUACCCCAAGGCUGGAACCACAAACCCAACUGUAAAACUUUUUGUUUUCGAUACAAACUCAUCCAAGGUCGAGGAAAUUCUGGUCCCCAGUGAUGUUGGUGCAGGAGAGCACUACCUGAGCACUGUUACAUGGGCAUCAGAUGAGCGAAUUGCAGUCCAGUGGCAGAAAAGAACGCAGAACUACGUCAGUUUGAAGACAUAUGACUUCAUCGAUGACGCUUGGAGUGAAGGUCCACUGAAACAGAUUAUCACAAGCAGUACGGGUUGGGUUGGCCGGUUCUCUCCAGAUGAACCUGUCUUUCGGCCGGACGGCAGCGGCUGCUAUUACGUUAUGAGUAACGAGCAGCAGUUUAAGCAUCUUGUUUAUUUCAGUGGAACAGAAAAAACAUUCGUGACUAAUGGAAUGUGGGAGGUCACUAGCAUCCUUAAGGUCACAAACAACGCCGUAUAUUAUGUGAGUAACGAACACAAUGCGAGUCCAGGCCAAAGGAACGUUUACAAAAUUACCAUAAAUGGUGCUUCUCAUUCUGAGAGGGAGUGUCUGACCUGUACCCUCAAUGCGGACCGCUGCAAAUAUAAUUCUGCUCUCUUUAGCGCUGAAGGAACCUACUACCUCAUGAGCUGUUCUGGGCCUGGAUUGCCUCUGCAUACACUGCGAAACAGCCGAGAUGGAACAGAGGUGAGAGUUCUUGAAGACAACAGUGAUUUGGAAAAAACUCUGCAGAAUAUCGCAAUGCCCUCAGUUAUGCACGGCAAGCUGAAGAUCGGAGAGUUUGACCUUUGGUACCAGAUGAUUCUGCCUCCCAAAUUCGACAAAUCCAAAAAAUAUCCUCUGCUUAUUGAUGUAUAUGCGGGCCCCUGCAGUCAGAAGUCAGAUUUCCGGUUCAGGGUGGGAUGGUCCACAUACUUGGCCAGCACGGAGAAAGUGAUUGUGGCCAGCUUUGAUGGUAGAGGAAGUGGUUACCAAGGAGACAAAAUUAUGCAUGCCCUCUACAAACGACUCGGAACAUAUGAAGUUGAGGAUCAGAUAACGGCUGCUAGACAGUUUAUCGACAUGGGCUUCAUAGAUAAAAACAGGAUUGCCAUCUGGGGAUGGUCUUACGGUGGUUACGUCACUUCGAUGGUCCUGGGAGCUGGAAGUGGAGUGUUUAAAUGUGGUAUGGCUGUCGCUCCGGUGUCUAAAUGGGAGUAUUAUGACUCUAUUUACACUGAGAGGUACAUGCUCACCCCGGCGGAGAAUCAGGCCUUUUAUGAUAAUUCCACAGUGACGGGAAGAGCCAAGAACUUUAAAUCAGUCCAGUACCUCCUGGUGCACGGCACCGCUGACGAUAAUGUUCACUUCCAACAAGCUGCUCAGAUCUCUAAAGCACUCGUGGAUGAACAAGUGGACUUUGAUGCAAUGUGGUACACUGAUGAAGACCACAGUCUCGGCGGAUCGGCCAAUCAGCACGUGUACACUCACAUGAGUCACUUUCUGAAAAACUGCUUUGCUUGAAGUUGUGAAACUUUCCACUCAGAAGCCACAGCACUGAAUCAACGUUACUUCCAGACCACAUCACGCUCUUAAACGCGUCAGGCGUGUGCAAUUCCCCAUGAGCAGCCACUGAAUCCGCAAGAAUCUGUGCUUCUGUGCUGUGGUGCAAUAACAGACUCGAUUUAUUCCCAUUUUAUCACUUUCAAAUAUACAGUCCGAACUGAGUCAUGAUGCUUUAGUAGUUCAUCGAAAAAGGGGGGGGGGAAGCAAAGAAAAACUUGCUGGAUAAACACAAAGCUUUAUGAGCUAGCUAAAGAAGGAAAGAGAAAUCCGAAAAAAAAUAUUAAAAUAAAAAAGUUUCAGAUGUAAUUAUUUAUGAUUAUUUUAAUCACUUUUGUAAGCUGGGGAGAGCAAUAUUGUGUAUUUUUCAAGUCAAGUUCAUUACCACCUGUUAGUUUGUGUAAAGUAUGCAAAGAAAGUAAUAAAAAUUAUAAAUGUAAUAUUCUGAUUAAUACAUUUACAAAGAGAAAUACAUUUUUAAAUUUAUUUUCAUAUUUUAAGUCAUUUGUCAUCAAGAUUUGUUGAGUAUCAAGUAAUCUUUUGAGUAUAUCUUUUGAAAUAUUUAUUUCAUGUGCCAUUAAAGUAUAAGCCAUAAUUUGUAUUAAUAUAUAUCUUUAAAUAUUUUCAAUCUUUAAUAAAUUUCACAAAUGUG